AUGCGCGCCAGGACGCCGGUGGUCACGGAAGCCGGCUCCGAUGAUGUGCCAGCAGCCCUGAGGCUCCGGGAUGCUGCUCAACAAGUCAUGCCUGGUCAUCCCAGGAAGCGACGGCGCUACAUGCCUGAGGAAGGUCUUCCAACCCUAACAGAGACCCAGGGCCUCGUGGGUGCACAGGACCCUGGGGCGACAGAGGAGGUUGCUUCCUCCUCCUCCUCCACGUCCUCCGCCUACUCCACCAAUGAGGAAGAGGUUUCUAUGGUUUCACCCACCCCGAGUCCCCUCCAGGGCCCUGAGCGUGCCUGCCCCUCCCCCACUGCCUCUGCCUCCGUGCCAUCCACACAAUCCGAUGGUGGCUCCGGCAGCACAGUGGAGGCGGGUCUGGGCACUUCACAGGUCCCUCCAGAAGGCAGAUCCUUUCCCAGUGUCGUGAUUAACGACAAGACAACUAAGCUGAUGGCCUUCCUGCUCCUCAAGUACCUUGCCGUGGAGCCGACCACGAGGGCGGAGAUGCUGGAGGUGCUGGGCCUGGAUCACCAGGAAUACUUCUCUCUGUUCUUCAGCUGCGUCUCCGAGUGCUUGCAGCUGGCCUUUGGCAUCGACAUGGAGGAAGUGGAUCCCAGUGACCACUCCUACAUCCUGGUCAUAGCCCUGGACAUCACCUACAGCGGGCAGCUGCACAAUGAGGAGACCCUGCCCAAGAGCAGCCUCCUGCUGUUGCUCCUGAGCAUUAUCUUCAUGGAGGGUGGCUCAGUCCCUGAGGAAAAGGUGUGGGAAAUGCUGGGUGUCUUAGGGAUAUUUCCCGGGAGGGAGCACUUCAUCUUCGGGGACCCCAGGGAGCUCAUCAUCGGGGUCUGGGUGCAGGAAAAGUACCUGGAGUACCACCAGGUUCCCGACAGCGAUCCCGCUCGCUUCCACCUGCUCUGGGGCCCCAGGGCCCACAUGGAGACCGACGCGGUGGAAGUCCUGGACUUUUUGGCCAAGGUCAAAGAUAGGACCGCUAAUGCCUGUCUUACCUGGUAUGAGGAGGCUGUGAGAGAUCAGGAAGGGCCAGGCCAGGCUAGCAUUGCCGCCGCAGAUGAUCCUGCCGCCGUGGCCGGUGCAAGUUCUAGUGGAACGUCCCCUGGCUUCUGCCCUGAGUGA